CACUGACAAAGUGACAAAGUCAGAAAGACAUUGCAUCUUCCGCCCACACAAAUGUUAAUGCCAGCACAUCUUCCUGCCAUCUUCUGAUUCUUCAUUUCCAAAGCUACAGUAGCCUACUGUAACUAGGUACUAGGAGCCCUGUAGGAGCUGGUCCUAGAUUUUAUUGCUCAUUCUGUUCUCCCUUUGUCUGUAGAAAGUUGAUGGACAUCAAGCGUUCACUCCAUGACUAGCCCUCGAGGCGUAUGCUCCUCUGCGACAGCUACCUGACCAGCCGCGCGUGCAAGACUUUAUUUUAGAAAGUUCAUACAGACUACAAUCAUAGAUACUAGGUAUCCGCCCUGUUGGUAUUUUUAAAGCGGGCUACAACGACAGGGGUCUAGAAGAAGGGUUCACGAGUUCCUGGAGCAAGGCGGCAACACAGCAAUCUGCGCUCCGCACUUUGUGAAGUGGUAGAUUUGCCGUCAGACAGGCCUGGUAUCAACAAUAGUGGACUUGUGGAAGUGGGACAAGCUUGGCAUUGCAUCAGGUGAGGAGGAUCAGGGUAAAGGGUCCAGUUCGGAGAUGAGCGACAAAGACGAGGGCACACACAUUGCAGGCAUGAGCGAGGCUAGCUCCGCGCUGACCUCAGCAGCGGCUGCGCCAACCUCAGCAGCGGCAGCGCCACUGCGCAGCAGCAGAGGCAUGGGGCCUUUUGUGCACAUUGAUCCGCAUGACGAUCUGUCCGCGAUUCUGCGGGUCAUUCGCGAAGAGGACCCAGCCGUAUGGCGGCCGAAAGCGGAGGUGGUUGAUCGGUGGGGAGUGUUGGAAGGUGGGGAUCAGCAAGAGACGGGGCCAGAUUGGCGGAACGGAAAGAUGAAGAGUUGGCGGCUGCCAAAGACAGGGCGACGCAGCGGUACAAGCAGGAUUAUGCAAUUAAGAUGUACAUGCCUGAGCUGGAUCCCCCCGUCUGGAGAAAGAUUCAAGGUUUCUGGCGGAAUCGUGCUCAACACGCUGGCGGACAAAGUUCUAAUGCCGAUAACGGGUUGGGUGCGCAACUACCAUGGAUACGUGUUCUGCGACCGGCGGGAAGGCGCGUGCUUCGUGCCCAAGGACAGCAACGCAAUCGACAUGAUGCACGUCAACUUCAGCUACUUUUACCUGAUGGACGACAAGAAGUACAAGCUCGGCGACUUGCUGACGGAAAAAGGCGCCCGUCUGGGCUGGACGUACGACAUUGGGGACAUGUGGCGUCACGAACUUGAAGUCGAGAACAUUUUAAGAGGAGUCAACCGCGCCUGCGAAGUGCUGGAAGGCAGCGGGAGGUGCCCCCCGAAAGAUGGUCACGGCAACGUCCGGUACAACAAGACGCUGCAGAUUCUGAAAAACAAGAAGCACCCGGAGUACCGCAAGAAGCUCGCCGAGUGCGGCGAGGCGUGCAACGUAACUGGCCGCUUCGACUUCACCGAGUUCAACCUGGCCGAUCGGCAACGGGCGCUGAAAGAAGCGUUAGCAUCGACAGCUAGCACACAGUCCGAGUCGAAACUGUACACUUCGCAGUUGGGGGGUUUCGGGGGCAAUCUGGGGGACCUGCUCAGGGGGCGGGUGGGGAAGGGGCAGCGUGUAGUCGAAAAUCUGCAGGGUUUUUCUAACGGCCCCACCCUUACUGAAACCAUCUCCACGCGCGCCGACAAGAAGGACCUUUCGCUCUGCGCCAACUGCGGCAAACCCGACGCGCAGAGCCGAUGCGGCCGCUGCCGAGUCUUGCGCUACUGCUCCAAGGAGUGUCAAACUCUUCACUGGAAGGGAGGGGGUCACAAGCUGGCGUGCGUUCCGAAAGGGUGAAGCAGUCGCCGUUGAGAUCUUGGGUGGUGUUUGAUCCGUGUUGCGGUAAACUGUGUUAAGUACCCAAGUCCUAGCGUCCAAAAGGGGCGCCCUCGUCUUUGACAGGUCUAUGCCGUAGAAAAGCGUUGCUGGACUCUUGUCAAUGAGUCCCACGACCACGAACAGCUUCUGUGCAAGUGUCGCUAGCUGUAGAGGAACGGAACGUGAACGUAUUUCUGCGGGCAUGCUCAGAUUUUUCUCAGCCGCGUGUAGAUUCGACCAUGCAGGCUCCAACGUUGAUUUGCAACGGAUCAGGUUGGCUCGACUUAUGGCGCCUAUGAAUAUCGC